UGUAAAUAAACCUUUAAUCAAACCAGUGUAAUAUAUCAUUUCUGUUCUACAAAUUAAGUUGUUUUUCUUUAUUCACCCUUUCCUUUAGGCACAUCAAUUGAUACGCGUUUACAUUUAACUGUCAAACGUCAAAACAAAACAUGUGCGUUUUGUGUAAUGUGCUUUUGUAGAAAAAUUGUGCAAUUUGAAAAGGCCUUUAAAAUGUUGGAGCCUGUUUUAGAUUUUUUAAAUACAAAAAGAGUAGUUUUAGCAAGUGGAUCACCCAGGAGACAAGAAUUAGUUAAACAAUUGAUAAUAUUUUCAUCAUGAAGGGUUUGAAGGUAGAAUUAUGCCCCUCAACAUUCGAAGAGAAUCUGAUUCCUACAAAUUUCAAAGGCAUAGAAGAUUUUGUGCAAGCAACUGCCCACGGUAAAGCUCAAGAAGUUUUCCAAAGGCUAAGUGAACAAAAUACACCACCCGAUGUUGUUAUAGGGGCUGAUACAAUGGUCACUUUAGACGGUAUGCUUUUUGGUAAACCCAAUUCUGAAGAGGACUCUUAUAACACACUAUCAAGGUUGUCGGGAAGAGUUUGUACCGUGUACACAGGAGUUGUAAUCAAAACACAGCGCAAAACGGUCAAGUUUUGUGACAAUACCAAAGUCCAUUUUGGAAAACUCACUCCGGCAGUGAUAAGAGCAUAUAUUGCAUCAGGAGAACCCAUGGACAAAGCUGGAAGCUUUGGAGUCCAAGGACGAGGUGCUAGUCUUAUUGAAAAAAUGGAUGGUGAUUAUUUUACAGUUGUGGGGUUACCUCUACAUAAAUUAUGUGUCGAGUUAAAUUCUUUAUGUGAAAAUAAUUUAAUAUAAUUAUAAAUGUGAUAUUUUUGUAAAAUAUAUUUGGUUUAU